AUGUAUGCCGAAAAUUGUGAUACGACUCCAAGUUUCAGCCAGUGGUACGGUAUCCCAGAAGCUUUCUACACAACACACGUUAAUGCUCGUCCAACCGCCAUGGUGAAGCCACUCCCCAAAACACAUUCCAAUUUCUCAAUCGAAUACUUAUUGACUGCGCCCUCCCAACCUUGUAAAAAACCGGAAAAACCCGAGUUGGGCCAACUAGAAGUCCAGGUCUAUCAGAACCAUGAUUAUCCAUCAUGUCUUGACACUCCGCGCAGCUCCACGGGGGGUGAGAAGAUGUGCCUUGAUCCAAUCGUAGACACAACAUCAUCGGAUAUUUUGCGGAUCCCGACACCAGCAGAUGAGGAAGAAGCCGAUGUUGUUACAAACGUUUACAAGUUUGACGAGGUCUCGGAUGAUGAUCGUCUUGCCGACACGCCAGAUUCCCAGGCUACGAUUGCUGCGUAUUCAUGUGAAGACUAUCCCUACGAGAAGCCACCAUCAGCAAUGGACCUUGAUCUGGCCGAAAUGCGAGACGUUUGUGGCGAUCAAGUCGACUUCCUGCAAGGAUGGAACUUCCAGAAGCGGAUCAGCAGGCGCCCAGAUAGAUUCAAUGCGACCCUCGCCAACCAGAAGAGCCCGGCCAAAGUGAAGCACGAAAGCAAGCGUAUCCCGAAAAAGCGGCCGCCUCGUUUUGUAGCGGAUAAGGAAAAUGACACGGUGCCGAAAGCGAGGAGGGGAAGAGUCGCGAAGCCACGUCAGCCGCUACAAGAACAGGCCAAGAAGGCGCUCGAGGAGUACCCGCAAAUAGAUGAAUGGAAGGGACUAUGGACAUUGCAAGGCUCAUCGACGUUGAAGAAAAUUGGCGUAUCGAGCACUUCUUCCGAAAAGUACAGGGAAUGCUACGAAUCUGUACAGCACACCAACGGCUUUAUCGUUAGAAUUGGUGAUUGCGUGUCGAUUGAAGUUGCUAAUGAUGAAGAGUCCGGCGUCGGCACGGUGCAGCACUUGUAUUGGGACGAGCAGGCCGCUGCUCCGAUGGCAGCUAUCGACUGGUUUUAUUCGUAUAGCCAGAUGGAGUUGAAAGAAGACGCGCGUAAAGAUCUGCAUAGCAUUCGCGACUACCAGCCACAUCACAGGGAACUUUACGCCUCGCGCCACCGGGAUUCAAUCCCAAUGUGGUCCGUACAACGUGGCGUCAAGGUGCUGACAUUCGACGAGUAUAACCGGUACAUGUGCGACAAGAAAAAGCUGGAAUUUCCUGAAGCUCGACGCCCACCGCUCUACAACGAGUAUUUGAAUACCGCAAACCCUCGUCACAUGCGCCUAGCAAACCCUUCGGAUCCGGAGGAGAUCGUAUUCUUUGUCCGACACACCUACGAGCUGAAAGGCCACCGAAUCUACGACGCGAAGCGACAGGCUGUGGAAGGCAAGAAUUGGAAGCCGCUGCAGAAGCGCCGAGUUCACGAAUGGCCGUUCUCUGACACCGAA